UUAUAAACGUAAACAAUCGUUCUGAAAAUAGCUGUGAUAUUUUAGUACAAAUAUUUCCGUUAAAAAUCUGAAAAUAAAUGACCGUAAAUGUUGACACGCGAUAGUACAUAAAGUACAAAUUGUGUAAUAAAAGGUUGCCAUUUUGAGAUGCUUCAACAUUCACAUUUUUACUCAAGAACAAAUAUUUUAAUUUUCAACUUUAAACAAUUGUGAAUUACUGCAAUAUUGGGUGGAUUUAUCGUUUUCCCUGUGUGAGGAGUUUGACUCAGAAGAUGUGUUUAAAGCGAAAGUGCAGCAGUUGGCAGAAUGGAUGUUGGAAGCACAGCACGUAGUGGUUCACACUGGUGCAGGUAUUAGUACAGCUGCUGGGAUACCCGACUUCAGGGGACCAAAUGGUGUCUGGACUCUAGAAAAGAAGGGAUUGAAACCAAACUCAAAUGUGUCGUUCAACGAAGCAGUUCCAACUAAAACACACAUGGCAUUGGCGAAGUUAGUAGAAAUUGGAAAGGUGCAGUAUAUUGUGAGCCAGAACAUUGAUGGGUUGCACUUGCGCUCGGGUGUGCCACGCUCCAAGAUAUCAGAACUGCACGGCAACAUGUUCACAGAGCAGUGCAGCCAGUGUGAACGGCAGUUUGUGCGCCGCGAGGCCACCACGUCUGUCGGGCAGAAGAGUUUGGGGAGGAGCUGCCCGGCACUGAUGCGACAUGGUCGGCCGUGUCGAGGACAUUUGCGCGAUACCAUUCUCGACUGGGAACACAGUCUUCCCGAGCGAGACCUCGCCAUGGCAGACUUUCAUUCCUGCAUAGCAGAUCUGAGCAUUUGCUUAGGUACAACACUUCAGAUAGUUCCAAGUGGUAACCUUCCACUCUGCACCAAGAAACAUGGAGGUCGGUUGGUAAUAUGCAAUCUUCAACCAACCAAACAUGACCGGAAAGCCAACUUGAUCAUACAUGGUUUUGUAGAUGAUGUCAUAAGUCAAUUACUGACAUUGCUAGGUAUUCCAAGUUGCACAUAUGAUGUAUCCAAGGAGCCCACGAAGAUAAAAUGGAAGCCGUACAUUGAAUGGACCAUCGAGCGAAAACAAGUAGCUGUUAUGAAAAAGUGGUAUGAAGCUAAGUGUUGCAAACAAGGCAAGAAACGAGGUAUCACACAAGGAAGUAGGUGUGUCAAAAGAAGUAAACUAGAUGAAGAUGCUGAAGAUAAUUUAGAUAUGAGUGUAGGUCAUAGUUGUGAAGAAAAUAUUAAAGUUGAGGAUUCCUCUUCUACUUUAAUCCAGCCCAAACAAGAAACCGACAUAUUAAAGCAAAAACCCACUUGUGAUAUUUCCUUAAAAUAAGGAUUUAAAACUCCAAAGUUAAUUCAUGUGAACAGUUAAUGUGAAUUUUUUUUAUACUUCUGUUGCCCUUUGUGAUUGUCUAAGUAUGUGUGUAUAAUGUUUUCAUAUUAAAAAAUUACUUUUUGAAAAA